AUGUCAACCAACGGUGUCAAAGAUGGCCAAAUCCCGCCAAUCCAAGCCACUGAGACCUAUAAAGACAAGCAUCCUGUGGCGUACGAACAGUCCAAGCUCCCCUUCGACCACCCGCGACCUAUCAAAGUCAUCGUAGUCGGGGCUGGUAUCAGUGGUAUUUCUCUUGCUCAUGCCGUGGAGACCUCCCAACUUCGAAACGUCGAUCUUCAAAUCCUUGAAAAGAAUGCGGGCUUGGGAGGAACAUGGUGGGAGAACCGUUAUCCCGGAUGUGCAUGUGAUAUCCCAUCGCAUAACUAUCUUUUCACCUGGGCACCCAAUCCAAAGUGGUCUUCUUUCUAUGUCUCGGCACCAGAAAUUCUUGCAUACUUGAAUGAUGUUGCCGAUCGAUUUGGACUGAGAAAAUAUAUCCAAACUUGCCGCAAAGUGACUGGUGCCCGCUGGAACGAAGCUCGACAGAAAUGGGAAGUGACGUUCAAAAAGACCGACGGACGACGCAUGCUCAUUUCCAGCAUGGGAGGCAUAACUGCUGGGGAGGUGGGCGAAGAUAUUGUUGAGGAGUGCGAUGUGUUCAUCAACGCCAGCGGCUAUCUCAACAAUUGGCGAUGGCCCGAUAUUCCUGGCCGGGAGCAGUUCCAAGGUAUCCUAUCCCACAGCGCAAAUUACGACCCUAGCCUGGAUUUGCAACGAAAGCGUGUUGCUGUUAUUGGAAACGGAAGCAGUGGCAUCCAGGUCACAGCAGCCGCUCAGAAAGUGGCCGGCCAUGUUUCAGCUUUCAUUCGAUCCCCGACCUGGAUUACGGCCAACCUAGGAUCUAGGUUUAUCCAGCAGGGCCAGUCGAACGUUUACUAUGACGACGAACAACAACGCAAGUGGAGCGAAAACCCGGAGGAAUAUCUCGUAUAUCGGAAGGAGGUCGAACAAGAGCUUAAUGUCCGAUUCCCAUUAUAUGUGCGGGGUACCAAACUCCAGGACAUGGCCAGGGAGUUCACGACAAAAGAUAUGCGGGCCAAGCUCGCAGCAAAGCCGGAGCUUGCAGACAUCCUUCUCCCUUCCUUUGCCGUGGGAUGUCGCAGACCGACGCCGGGCCCUGGUUACCUCGAUUCGCUUUGUGCUGACAACUGCGAAGUGGUAUGGGGUGAAAUCGACUCAUUUACUAAGACGGGGUUAAGGUCAAAGGAUGGCACUGAGCGGAAUUUCGAUGUCAUCAUUGCGGCUACCGGCUUUGACCUAUCCUUCACGCCUCGUUGGCCGAUCGUUGGUGCCAACGGAGUGAACCUGCAAGAGGUCUGGAGCAAGGACCCUGCAUGCUAUCUUUCCGUUUUGGCCCAGGAUAUGCCUAACUACUUUAUCUACAUGGGGCCUGGCAGCCCGGUUGGCCAUGGCAGCAUGAUCACGUCAAUUGAACGGAUCACCCUGUAUGUGGUAGACAUGAUCCAGAAACUUCAAAGGGAGAAUUACUCUUCAUUCCGGCUUCGUGAUGGUAAGGCAAAGGCAUACCAGUUCCAGAUGAUCAACUGGCUCCAGAAAACGGUUUGGGGAGAUGACUGUGCAAGCUCUUUCAAGAAUGGCGCCAAGGACGGAGAGCUUCAUGCAUUCCACCCAGGAUCUAGGCUGCAUUAUUUUGAACUUCUGCGACGGCGCCGAUACGAAGAUAUGGUCUGGCAGAGUCGGUGUGAGGAUACGAAGCUGGAUUUUGCAUGGCUGAACAACGGAUUUUUGGACCAUGAGCUGCCGGAUCUUGCUCCAGGGGAAGUUCAAGAAGCGGAUCCUACGUAA